CCCGGCUGCUGACCCUGCCUCCAUAAAAACUCGGGGAUGGGAUUCCCGGCAGGAGGAGGAGAGCCAGCUCCAUCAUGAGGGUGGCUCUGGCGCUGCUGCCGCUCCUGGCCGCUGCACAGGCGUUACACCGAGGGAAAGCUUAUGUCCGGGAGAAAGUCUGCCAGGAGUACAAGAUCCUGGGAAAGGAGAACUUCAGAACCAUGACCAUCGUUGCCAACAGCCGCAAAUAUUCCAACGGCACCUUCGAGGAGAUCAGCAGCCUCGUGCGGGAAAUCGUCUCCCUGGCCGAGACGUGCUGCGCCGACGGCGCUGACCCCUCCUGCUACGACAACGGGUCCACGGCGCUGUCGGAGAAAUCCUGCAGCGCGGGCUCGCCCUUCCCGGCGCAUCCCGGCGCGGCGGAGUGCUGCGCGCAGCAGGGGCUGGAGCGCAAGCUGUGCCUGGCCGCGCUGCGGCACCCGGCCCCGCCGGGGCUGCCCCGCUACCUGCAGCCCUCCGACCGGGAGCUCUGCCUCUCCUUCCGCACGGACCCCCGGGAAUUCGCCGACAGGUUUCUCUAUGAGUACUCCAGCAGCUACAGCCAGGCUCCCCUGCCCGUGCUCCUGGCCUCCACCACCUCCUUCCUCUCCAUGGUCUCCACCUGCUGCAUCUCCCCUGCGCCCGCUGCCUGCUUCCUGAAGGAGAAACUGGAGAGGAAAACCCUCUCCCUACUCACCCUGACGUCAAACCGGAUUUGCUCCCGCUUCUCGGCCUACGGCAAGGACAAAGUCAGCUUCAGCUACCUGGCCUCGCUGGCCCAGAAGGUUCCCACUGCUCCCUUCGAGGACCUUCUGCCCCUGGCCGAGGACGCUGCCGAGGUGUCCUCCCGGUGCUGCGACUCCCUGGCCGAGGACUGCAUGCAGAAGAAGCUCCUGGAGCACACGGCCAAAGUCUGCACGGCGCUGGCGGCCCGCGACGCGCGCUUUGCUGGCUGCUGCAAGGGGAAGAACCUGAUGGAAAACCAUUUCUGCAUCCUGGCCAUGCUCCCAGCGCCGGCUCCCGAGCUGCCGGAGCCGCCCGAGCCCACCAACAAGGAGCUGUGUGCCAAGGACGGGGCUCUCCAUGCCACCAGGUUCCUGUUUGAGCUGGCCCGCAGGCACCCCAACCUCCCCGACGCCGUCCUCGCCAAGCUCUACGACUCCUCCGGGAAGCUCCGCGGGGAAUGCUGCUCCUCCAAGGACCCCUCCGCCUGCUGGGACAGCAAGCGCCGGCGGAUAGACGCAGAGCUCUUCCCCUUCCUGCAAAAGGCCAACCAGCUCUGCGGGCAGCACAACCAGCUGCCUUUCCUUGACUUCAAGAAGAGGCUGCGGGACAGCCUGGCACAGGUCGAGCCCCGGCCCGGCCCGGAGCAGCUGGAGCAUCUCCUGGAGCAGCGAGCAUCCUUCGCCUCCACCUGCUGCCUGCCGGCCGCUCCGCCGCUGCUCUGCGCUUCCAAGGUGAGCUCGGAGCUGGGGGAGCUGUGCCAGAAGGGCUCCUGCCUGCUGGGAUAGCGGCUCCUUGUCCAAGGAUGGUGCACGGAUGGAGGGGAGAGCCCUGGGGGACACGGGAAGGGGCUGGAGGAGACCCGGCAGGCGGGAGGUGUCGCCGAGCCCCGCGCCUUGUAUUCCUGCAGCCGAAAUAAAGACAAGGAAUGUGCCCUGCGGGAAGGCUUUGUGCACCCUCGGGGCGGCGCGGAGGGUGGGAGAGGAGCACAGCUUCUCCUCCGCGGGCAGGAAGGGAUCCCAGCCCUGACCCUGGGAGAUAAAGCUCUAAAAACUAAGCGAAAGCAGGGAAAAGACUCCUCAAAUGCCCCCAGGGAGAGCAGCCCGUGGGUGUUGGGGUAUUCAGCUGCCUGAGAGGGGCACCCUGGCACCCCCAGCUCCCCGCCUGCCCAGAGCUCUGGGGGUGCUGCAGGCCCGGGUUGGGAUGCAGGAGGAUGGCAAAGCCAGCCCAGGAAGCAGCAGGAAAAUCCCCGGAGCCCAGAUUUUGGGAGCUUUGUGUGCAACAAACAUGGCAAGGGAAGCGCCCGAGGACACCUGGAUGUGCAGAGAUGAGCCAGGGCGAUACAGCAGAGCCAAAGCCAAGAAGAACUCCAUGUUCAAGGCAGCUCUC